AUGUCUUACGGACAAUACGGCGGUAAUCCCUACGGUAACGACGGCUACGGCGAGUCCAACCCGUAUGGCACCACCAGCGCUGGCUACGGCGCCUCUAAUCCCUACGGCGGCCAGACUGCGCCCCCGCUAGAGCACCAUGAGUCGUCCAACUACUCGCAAGACCCGAACUACAUGGAGAUGGGCAACCUGAAUGCCCCGCCGCAAGCCGCCCCGCGCGUCCUUGCUUUGGACGAGUUUUUGGCCCGCGUCGACGGCUGCAAGGGCCGUAUCCGUCAGCUCACCUCGCAGGUUGGCGAGAUCGCAGCCGUCCACCAGCGCCUCCUCUCCGACACUGCCGAAGCCAAUGCCCACCACCAGCUCGAGCACUUGUCCACUCAGACCUCGCUCUUGAACGCUCAGAUCAAGGACGAGAUCAAAUUCCUCGAGACAGAUGCUGCGCGCAGCGGUGGCAACUCUACCAAGGAUAGUCAGGUCCGGAACCUAAAGAACAGCUUCAAAGCCGAGCUUGAGGGCUAUCAGGAGUUGGAGAAGAAGUUCCGUGACAAGUACCGGGAGAAUAUUGGACGCCAAAUGAGGAUUGUGAACCCCGAGCUCACCGAAGAGCAAAUCAAAGAAGCUGUGGACAGCGCAGACGGCCCCCAGCAGAUCUUCGCGGAUGCUAUGAAGACGAACCGCGCUCAGCAUGCCAACAGUGUCCUCGGCUCCGUUCGCGCGCGUCACAAUGAUAUCCAGCGGAUCGAGAAGACAAUGAGUGAGCUUGCAGAACUGUUCAUACAAUUGAACGAGCAGGUCGUCCUCCAGGAACCCCAAGUGGAACAGACCGAGCAGAGGACCGAAGAGGUCCUCAAGGACGGCCAAGCGGCCCAUGUCGAGCUUGAUAAGGGUAUCGAGCACAUCAAGCGCCGUAACCGCCUGCGCCGCUGGACUCUCUUCGUCUUCAUCAUCAUCAUUUGCAUCAUCGCACUCGUACUCGGCCUGUACUUCGGUCUCGGAAAGAAGGACAACAACAACAAUAACAACGCAUAA